AUGGAGGACGAUGAGUAUGACUUGUAUGAGGACCUUGAGGGUCCUGCUUCGGUAACUCCAAAGGAGCAGCAGCAACAACAACAACGGCAGCAGCAGCAGCAGCAGCAGCAGCAGCAGCACCCACAAGCGACUGCUCAGCUGCCGCUCGCUGAUGCUGCUUUUCAGCCGUCUGCCUCAAGUAGCGGCUCUAACAGGCCAGUGCCCUCAGUAGUUACACCAGCCCCAGCAGGUGCCGGAGCAGCAGCACAACCCCCUGCCGUAGGAGAUGAGGCGGAUGAUGAGGAUGGCGUUGUAGUUGUUGGUGGUGACGCUGAUCUGCCACUGCUUCCAGAAGUGUCUUCAGAACCUCGCAUGCCCCUGCGCUGGGGGCAUCAAGACAAGGGAAAGCGUGCAGCUCAUUACAUGCGUAGAGAGCGCCCACUCUUCCUCGGUAUCCCGCCUCCGGUGCCUCCGCUGGUCGACGCGAAAGCUUCGCAAUUACUUAUUGUUUCAAACCUUCCUUGGUGGAUAAAUGACGUCUCUCUCCGUGAAUUAUCUGGUGCCUUCGGCCGGGUUAUUGGCGUUCGCGUCUUGGGCAGCGCAACAGGCGCAAAGCCUUCCGGAGUGGCACUGUUGCUGUUCGGUGCAGAGCAGCAAGCGGUGGCUGCAGCGCAGGGUCUGGAUACGCUGAAUACGCAGACUGCAACGCCUCUAGAUGACCAACGAAGCCAGCAGCAGGAGGCGCAGCAUGGCGAGGCUGCUCAGCAAAAGACAGGGCUAUCUGCACUGUUUCCCUGGUUUGACCCAUCGGUUCUUCAAGUGGACAAGGUACCACCAGCAGAAGACAGCAGCAGCAGCGAGGUGGAGGCAAGCAGCUCCAACACCAACUUGUGUAGCACCGCGGUGCAGAGAGGCCUUCCCAGCAAGAAGUCACGAGUCUGCCGCUUUGUUAUACGCCUCUGCAGGCGAUCGAAGGCGAAACGUGCAAAGACGGAAGGGGCUGUGGUGCCACCUGAUCGUUGGCAGCAGCAGCAACAGUGGUGGAUUCACAAUGAAGCAUUACCAUUUAUUAAGGACAAAGUGCGUAGAAAGCUGAACGGAGUACAUGCACUCAAGCGGCCUUUUAUAAUACAAAAGCAGAGUAUGCAAGAAAUACACAAACUUGAAAUGAAUACUCUUCUAGUUCAGAGGUUACAAGACUGCAAACAUGUUUUUGCUCAAUGUGCAAGGGCAGCUUGA